UCUAAAUUACCGAUUCCAAAGUUUGUGUCAUCGUAUUAACCAAGAUAUUUCUUGUCUUUCUAUAUUUCUAUUAUAUAUCUUGUCUCCUAACGUUUAUUACGACAGUAAAUAACUGCCUAAUUGAUUCAAGUCAAUAGUCAUAACAAUAAAAUAAAACAAUGCUCUUCACGGAUACUCCGAGAUCUAUAGGUACGCGGCGAGACAGUUCGCUGAUUUUAUCAAGAAGAUCAGUAUCUGAAGCGAGACAUAUUGGAGGAAAUCUAAUGUCAAGCAAGCUGUCUUUGGCCAUGGGCUGUGACUCCACAACAUUUCUAAUGAGUCGGCCAAAAGGCUCAGUGCAGAAAGAGAUCGUUACCUGUUUAUUCAAUUCCAUGUUAGACAGCAUCGUAGACACCUGGGAAGUAAUAAGUCAAGUGAAAAAAGAAGAAAGUUUCGCAACUAAAGAUUUUGGAAAGGUCACCAGCAGUAUAUUUCCACAGAAGAAAAAGAAAAAUCUUGCGAAAUCAAAAUCGAAAAGAUCAAAAAACGAAUUUUUGGAUGAGGCACAGGAGGAGACAAUACCUACGUCUUGGUGGACGGCUCCCGACGAACGAGCAUUAAUUCGAUUCCGGAAUGGCAACAUAUAUGAGGGAAACAUUUCGAUGAAAGCUAUGCACGGUGACGGCAUCUAUGUAUGGGCAGACGGAACCGUGUAUACGGGUUGUUUCAAAGACAAUGAGAUGAAUGGAAGAGGGAUACUCCAAUGGAAAGACGAUACUUGGUACGAAGGGGAGUUUUCCGGUAACCUCCGUCAUGGUAAAGGAAUGUAUGUGGACUCUCGGAGACAACGCUCCUACAUUGGCGAAUGGUACAACGGCACUAAGCAUGGCCGAGGAACUAUAUAUUACUCCGAAAAUUUUAAAAAUUCUUAUGACGGUCAGUGGGUUUAUAACGUACGCCACGGGUAUGGAUCCAGAGAGUACUGUCCUCAAAGUGUGUACGAAGGAGAGUGGGAUCUUUAUAUUCGAGAAGGUAAAGGCUUGAUGGUAUGGCCCAAUCAUGACUUUUAUAGAGGAGAAUGGAAAAACGGAGUCAUGUCUGGCAACGGCACGUAUAUUUGGGAUACAUUUUGUAACAAUACACUAUCUCAGCCUCCUGUUAUAAUGUACCGCGGGCAGUGGCUACGAGGGCAGCGGCAUGGCUGCGGUAUGUUGCAUCUCGGUCUCAGCCUCGGCGCCCAUUACACCGGGGAGUUCAUGCACAACCAGAAACAUGGCGCGGGAAUAUUGGUGUCCAACAACGGAUUCAUACUAAAAAGUAAACAGUUGUUUCAAGACGGUAACCUAGCCCCAAUGAAUGCAGAAGAAACAGAUAUUGCUAACGCAAAAGGUAUAAAGCUCGAUCAAACUGUUGAGCCUUACAAGUUUGAUAUAAUCGACAAUUCGGUAGGAUUUCGUUAUCAUGUCCAACAGGCGAUCAAAAAUAUAGACAAGCAGCAUAAAGUAAGACUGGCUAUGAUCAAUAAAUUCAUAGAGUCCAAUAAAAAGCUGUAUGAAAACUUGCGCCUGUCAGAUUCCGGUGAAAUCGAAGAUAAUAUUCCCGAUGAUUUGAUCGAAUUUGAGCUCAGGGCGCUGGACAAUUCUUUGCGGUGUUAUGAAAGUGAUUUGAAAAGAAUUUAUUACAAAUAUUGUACUUUGUGCAACUCGAAAAAAAUUAACUUUACUCCCAUUUUGAUUCGGCUCUACCUGUGGCAAAUGUAUUACGAUUGCAAUAUACAUGAAAAGGGACUGACGUUGGUACAAAUCGACAACAUAUUUGCGCACAAUCCUCGUUGGCUUGCGAAUUCACCGCACGAUCCCUUCGAGCCAGUUUACUAUUGGCAAUUCAUUCAUAGCCUUAUAUCGGUGGCCAAUAAACUGUACGCAAAAAGAGUAUUACCGGGUCCAAAACCGGACACAAUUUUAGCAAACGCGUUCAGAAAAUUUAUGGACAAAGAUAUUUUACCGGGAGUGGCUCAACAAAAAGGUCGAUUUAUUAAUGGUUAUGGGGUAUUUAUGCCUUUAAAACGUCUAUACAAAUUGUAUCAGAGCUUAGGGGAACCACAUACUCUGUUGAAGUACAUGCGCGCCGUGCAUCCUCCGUCACAUUUAAAAGUACAAACUUUAAGUAUUCACUACGAUGAAUUUACCGACCCCCACAUUGGACAAAAUUCUUACAUUUUCGGGAAUGAUAUUACUUAUGUUCUAGACUCCUACGGGGGAAAUACUCUACAUAACUCAAAGAAGCACAAGAAAAAGGGCUUGAAAUUAUUUAAUUUCGGCAAUCUCCCUUGUACAUCAAUAAUAUCAAUUUUUUCACGUAUAUUUCCCAAAGUCUGCGAAGAACAAAGAGUUAUUAACUUAAACAUAGACAUAACGUUUUUCGAGUUCUUCGAAAUCUUUAUCGCUUGUGCACUCAAAAGUGUUUCUUUGCGAGAGUUUGGGAUAUUAGAACAGUCAUCGACGGAAGGCGUCAGCACCACACCGAUUGCGCCGCCGCAGACGCCUACUGACCUUUAUUAAAUUAUUAAUCAUACAA